UCCUCCUGACCAUCAUUUUUCUGCUUUGACAAACCAAACAGCAAACAGCAUUCCUCAUUCAAUCUUCAAACAUCAAAUAUCGCAAGCCAAAACCAAAAGGAUUUAAAAUUUGUCAAUCGGUGUGGUGUGUCUUGUCAUUUGUCAUUUUCAAUUUUUUGUUUUCUCCCGAAUUUGUUUGUUUCAUUGUCUAUUUAAUCUCUAAAGCUUUUUUCAGUUUUUCAGCGAAAACCCAAACGAAAGAAAAAGAAAAAAUGUCUAGCCCAACGAAAGAAGAACUUCCCCGAAUUGAUGAUUGUCUUAAAAAUGAAUUGGUCGGCGAACAUAAAUUAAAACAUACCGAAACACAGGAAAAAGUGGUACUUCCUUCCAAAACUGAAAUUGAACAAGAAAAAGGCCAACAACAAUUGCUUAAAAGUAUUGAAACAUUUGAAGCAGAAAAACUUCAUCAUGCUAAAACCGAAGAAAAAAAUCCUCUACCAACCAAAGAAGUGAUUGAAGCAGAAAAAAAGGCUUUAGCCUAAAAAUUGAUCCAAGUUGAUCAUUUUUAUUUUAUUUUCCAUUUCA